AUGUCGAUAUCCCUGGAGUCGCUCGCUCUUGAUGCUGCCAAUUCCGACGGGGAUAAUCAUGAAUACGGGAUGCUCGACUCCAUAGGCUAUGGCUUGUUCACGAGCCAAGAUUCCGAGGUGCUUCAGUACAGCGCCAGCAGCUACCUAAACAUCGCGUUUCCCGGUUGGAUCCUCCAGACAUUGGCUUGA